AUGACUGAUAAACUCCCUCCAAACCUCCUCGCGCUCUUUGCGCCACGACCUCCACUUCGUUACCUUCAACCCAUCAGCAGGGCGCCCGAUGAUGUGAAGCCUAGUACGAUAUCUGGCGUUGCUGGAUAUCUCGAUGAGCUGAAGAAAUACGGAGAGGAGGUCCCUUAUAAUGCGACAGAGAGUUGGUUGCAGCGCAAGGAUAGAUUGAAGAUGGAGAAACGAGAGCAGGCUGAGAAGCGCCUGGCCGCAGGUCUCACAGAAUAUAACCCUUCUGAAGACCCGCAAAUCCGUGGGGACCCUUUCAGAACGCUGUUUGUCUCGCGGCUGAGCUACGAGGUUAAAGAGGCCGAUCUGGAACGGGAAUUUGGCCGGUUUGGUCCUAUAGAGAGGAUCCGAAUUGUUAAGGACACGAAGAACCCCAAUCCAAAGAAGCCACAUCGAGGAUAUGCGUUUAUAGUAUACGAGCGUGAAAAAGAUAUGAAGGCCGCCUAUAAGGAAACAGAUGGAAUUCGCAUCAAAGAUCGACGUGCGCUUGUCGAUGUUGAGCGUGGACGCACAGUCAAGGGAUGGAAGCCACGUCGAUUCGGUGGCGGUCUUGGUGGGCGUGGAUACACCAAGGCGAUGCCCUCAAGGCCUCUAGGCCCCGGUGGAUACGGCCCUCCGUCUGGCCCAGGUGGCCUCCAAGGCGGUUUCCGAGGGCCAAGAGGAGGUUUCCGAGGAGGGUUUAGAGGAGGUGAUCGGCCAUUUGGUGGCCGCGGAGGAGUUGGCUUCCAAGGCGGGCGUAGCGGAUUUGGAGGCCCCUCCAACGGCGCAACGGGGCAAGCUCCUCCCAACGCCCCCUUGGGCCCAGGUGGAAGUCGCGGAGGUGGUGGGUAUGGCCAGCAAAAUGGUGAUAGUCAUGGAGAUAGGCGUUUUGAUGAUAGAAGCCGAGGUGGCUCCAGAUACGACAGAUCAGGCGAUCGAGGCGUAACUGGUAGCAACCGAGAGCCUGUCAGGCCCAGAGGAUACGGUGAUCGAGACAGAGAGCGGGACAGAGAUGGUAAUCGUGACCGUGAUCGUGACAGAGAAAGAGACAGAGGCGGUCGAAGCGAUCGGGACCGUGAUAGGCCUCGAGACCGUGACCGUGACAGGGACAGAUACAGUCGACGUGAUGACGAACCCCCAAGGAAGAGACACCACGAAGGAGAUGCCUACGAUGAUCCUCGAACAAAACGAAGCCUCAAGGGUAAGAUCAUUGGUGCUUAG